UUUUUAGUAACAUGGUAUUCGUGCUCUUGUAUUCCCAUUAUCGCAUAUUUCAUUCUCCAAAUAUCCACAACGCAUCAAUAAUCAUUUGCUGGUGCUUUUAUUUCGAUGGCAACGUUAUGCGACAAAUAAUGGUUAAAUCUAUAAAUAUUUUGUUACUCAACCAGCUAAAACUUUCGAUAUUGCCAUCAUGUGUUCUUCAGUCGAGCUGGGGCACUCACUGCAAGCACUCGCUCAGAGCCACGCUCAUGCGCAUUGACGGCUGCCUGGGCAAUUUGUCAGUACUCGUGGGAGAAUUUGGAUAUCACCAUUUUUAAUAUGGAUGAGUCUACAAACAUCACAAAUGCAGUAACCCCUGAUUUUGAUGUGUAUGGUGCCAUGGACUGGAGUGAGGGUGUUGGGACCUUACCUGGGAGUGAGCUAAAGUUUAAGGUGAAUGAGUUUGGAGUCUUGGAGGUCCUAACAGAGGAGGGAGAUGAUGAGAGGGUGAAGAAGUCUCAUGCUACCACUACAUGGGCAGUGCCCACUGUUCAGGAGGCCCUCUCAGACAGUGCGUGUGUGGCGGUGAAAGAGGAGAGGCAGGAGGGUCAGUGGGCCCAGAGAGGCCUGGUGUGUGUGCGCUGCCAGAGGAAGGGCUCCCCCGUGGAUUUCCUGUCUGACUGCCUUCACUGCAGCGAGCGCUGUCUGCAGCAGGACCAGCAGGAUGAGCUGAAGCUGAAGAAAGAGGUGUCUAAGAGCAAUGGGGAGGUGGUGGGGAUCAGCUGUAAGAGGCCUCUGCAGCAGUACAAGGAGAGCCUAGCUGACAAGAUGGACACCACAGAGGUCCUGCCUGAGGACCAUGAUGAGGACUACGAGGAGAAAGACAGCAGGAAGACGACGCGUGGAGCUCCGCGAGGCAGGAGGAAGCGGAGGGGGGAUGCAGCCCUGCUGAGACACACUGUUCCAUAUGGAGGGAAGAAAAAGUCUUGGUGUUGGGCCUCCUAUCUGGAGCAGGACAAAGCCAUCGCUGCCCCCACUAAACUGUUCAAAGAGCACCAGGCUUUCCCCCAGAGUAAGAAUGGAUUCCGGGUGGGGAUGAGGCUGGAGGGUGUGGACCCAGAACAUCCCUCCAUGUACUGUGUGCUCACUGUAGCUGAGGUUUUAGGACACCGAAUACGGCUUCACUUUGACAAGAACUUGGACUGCUAUGACUUCUGGGUGAAUUCCAACUCUGCAGACAUCCACCCUGUGGGAUGGUGUGAGAAAACAGGACACAAGCUGCACCCCCCCAAAGGUAUGAAGGAUGAGGAGUUCGGCUGGUCGUCAUACAUCAAACAGAGCAAAGCCCAGGCAGCUCCCAAGGCCCUGUUUGAGAAUCAGAACACGACUGUCACCCCUUUAGGAUUCAGAAUUGGGAUGAAGCUGGAGGCCAUUGACAAGAAGAACCCCUCCUUCAUCUGUGUUGCCACAGUAACAGACAUGGUGGACAGUCGAUUCCUGGUGCACUUUGAUAAUUGGGAUGAGAGCUAUGACUUCUGGUGUGAUGCAACCAGUCCCUACAUCCACGCAGUGGGCUGGUGUCAAGACAACGACAGGAUUCUCACGACCCCUCCAGGUUACCCCAGUGUCAAGGAUUUCUCCUGGGGAAAGUAUCUGGAGGAGACCAACUCAUCAGCGGCCCCUGCCAGGGCUUUCAAAGGGAAACCCCCCCACACCUUCCUGCCACUCAUGAAGCUGGAGACGGUGGACAAGAGGAACCCCAUGCUUGUCAGAGUGGCCACCGUGGUAGACACUGAGGACCACAGGAUCCAAAUCCAUUUUGACGGCUGGACGGAUAAGUAUGACUACUGGGUGGACACAGACAGCCCAGACAUCCACCCUGCGGGCUGGUGUGCUAAGACAGGCCACCCCCUCCAGCCCCCGAUCAGUCCACAGGAGCUGUUUCAGUCAUCAGGGCAGGGCGGAUGUCCCACCCCAGGGUGUAAAGGUGUGGGCCACAUCAAAGGAGCCCGCUACUCUGGCCACCACAGAAACCACAUCUCCACUCUCCAUACACCUACAAUGAUGCAUCUGCAUCAGCUGGCUUUCUUACAGCAUAUACCCCUCCAGGUUGCGGUGGGAUGCCCAUACUCUGAUCUCAACAUCAACAAGGACUCAGUGCUGCCAGACCGUCUGAGUGGUGAGAUGCCAGGGUCAGGAGGACUGGGCCGACCCCGACGGGCAGAACCCAACCCAGAGAACCACCCAGCUCUAGCUCUCACUGCAGACAAGCACUUAAGCGCCAACACAAAUCACCUGGAAAAGCCUGGCAGGGGUGAGAUGGCUGGCAGCGGCAUGGCGAAACCCGUCGGCACAGAGCCCAAGAGGAGGGUUGGGCGGCCUUGCAAGCAGAAGAAGGUAGAGGAGCUGGUGGAGGAUGAGGAGAUGAAGAGUGAGGUGCCAUGCAUAAUUGAAACCAAAGUAGAGCUGACACUACAGGAAGCCCUUCACCAGUCAGUGUUCAUGCCAUGCACCUCGCCAUCCCCCAGCAGCACUCCUUUCUGCUGGGACCAGCACAGCAAGCUGCUACCCACCGUGGCUGGCAUCACUUCAAGCAAAGUGGCUGUGUGGACAGUGGAGGAGGUGAUUGAGUUCAUCCAAGGUCUUCCAGGCUGUAACGAACACGUGCACACUUUCAGAGAUGAGCAAAUAGAUGGUGAAGCCUUCCUUCUGUUGACUCAGGUUGACCUAGUGAGGAUCAUGAGCAUCAAGCUGGGUCCAGCCAUAAAAAUCUACAACUCAAUCUUGAUGUUCAAGACGGCAGAGGAAUCGGCAUGUAAUGAGCUCUAACGAAGGUCGGAGGCCACUAUUUUUACCCUGAGCAGAGCAGAGCCAGGAGAAGGAAGUCUACAGAUAAGGAUGUGAAGCACAAAGAACCAUUCUUCUUCCCAGAGGAAGCAAACUGAAUGCACAUGUGAAUUGCACAAGUUAUUUUUUUUAAGACAGCCAUAUUGCGUAUUGCGAAUAUCCAAUGUGAUUGACUCAUUGGAGAAAUGUCAUUUUCAAUCAUCAGCUCUAUUAUGUGUAAUAUUAUUGUACAGUAUAGGCUCUUUUUAUAUUAGUGUUGGGGUGGUGCCACGAGUAUGCUCGUUCUACCUAAAAACUAAAACUGGAAAUGUAGUGCAAAUGCAUCAGAUUUCCUUUAGUGCAUCACAAUCAGCAACUCUGACAUUUUCAUCAUGUAGAAAGUCCCAUCUGCACAGGGCUUUAGCUGUUCCGGUCUCUGGGAUGCUGAUGUCAUGCAGGUCAGAGAGAUUCUAACUGAGAAUGGAAGCUCAGUGAUUCCCCAGGUGAGUGGCACAGAGAAAUUAAUACAUUCAUUAGAAAGUCCUCAUGCUUUAAAAAAAAAUCCUUGUUACUUCUGUCUGGCUGCUGGGGUGGUGGUGCUGGUGGUGCUGGUGGACAAGGCUGUAUAACUGAGAGGAGAGAGGGAUUUGUAUUAAUUCACCAAACCAACAGGAACCAUACUGUAAAACAAGACAUCAGGCCCUGCAUUUAAUUUCCCUUUUGGUAAAUGCACCCACCUAUUAUGCUUUAUGGAUAGCCAUAUAGAGUACCUGUAUAAAGACUAACAUGGGUCACCUUGGUCUGGUUUCUCCAGUGUAUUGUACAGUCAUCUCCUCAUCAGUACUGUUCAGGCCCUAUGAAGCAGUGACAAGUGUCUGUUUACUUUAAGGUACUAACCCCAGGGAAGGGGUUUGGUUGAAUGAAUUAAAUCUAAAAGUAUUUCUUUACGUGGACUGUUGUUCACUUGUUUAUUUACAGUGCAUUCAGGUGGUAUUCAGACCCCUUGACUUUUUCCACAUUAUGUUACGUUACAGCCUUAAUCUAAAAUGUAUGAUUGAGUGUAGAUUCCUCGUCAAUCUACACACAAUACCCCAUAAUGACAAAUUGAAAACAGGUUUUUACAAAUGUUUGCAAAUGCUUAACAAAAAAAUAAAAAAACAGAUACUUUAUUUACAUAAGUAUUCAGACCCUUUACUAUGAGACUCAAAAUUGAGCUCAGGUGCAUCCUGUUUCCAUUGAUCAUCCUUGAGAUGUUUCUACAACUUGAUUUGAGUCCACCUGUGGUAAAUUCAAUUGAUUGGACAUGAUAUGGAAAGGCACACACCUGUCUGUAUAAGGUCCCACAGUUGACAGUGCAUGUCAGAGCAAAAAACCAAGCCAUGAGGUCGAAAGGAAUUGUGUCUAGGCACAGAUCUGGGGAAGGUUACCAAAACAUUUAUGCAAAAUUGAAGUUCCCCAAGAACACAGUGGCCUCCAUCAUUCUUAAAUGGAAGAAGUUUGGAACCACUAAGACUCUUCCUAGAGCUGGUCGCCUGGCCAAACUGAGCAAACGGGGAGAAGUGCCUUGGUCAGGGAUGUGACCAAGAAACUGAUGGUCACUCUGACAGAGCUCCAGAGUUCAUCUGUGGAGAUGGGAGGACCUCCCAGAAAGACAACCAUCUCUGCAGAACUCCACCAAUCAGGCCUUUAUGGUAGAGUGGCCAAACGGAAGCCACUUCUCAGUAAAAGGCACAUGACAGCCCGCUUGGAGAUUGCCAGAAGGUACCUAAAGGACACUCAGACAAUGGGAAGCAAGCUUCUCUGUUCUGAUGAAACUAAGAUUGAACUCUUUGGCCUGAAUGCCAAGAAUCACAUUCUGCAGGAACCUGGCACCAUCCCUAAGGUCAUGCAGUGUGGUGGCAGCAUCAUGCUGUGGGGAUGUUUUUCAGUGUCAGGGAAUGGGAGGCUAGUCAGGAUCGAGGGAAAGAUGAAAAGAGCAAAGUACAGAGAGAUCCUUGAUGAAAACCUGCUCCAGAGUGCUCAGGACCUCAGACUGGGGUGAAUGUUCACCUUCCAACAGGACAACAAUCCUAAGCACACAGCCAAGACAACGCAGGAGUGGCUUCGGGACAAGUCUCUGAAUGUCCUUGAGUGGCCCUGCCAGAGCCCAGACUUGAACCCGAGACCUGAAAAUAGCUAUGCAGUGACGCUCCCCAUCCAAUAUGAUAGCGCUUGAGAGGAUCUGCAGAGAAGAAUGUGAGAAACUUCCCAAAUACAGGUGUGCCAAGCUUGUAGCGUUAUACCCAAUAAGACUGGCUGUAAUCACUGCCAAAGGUGCUUUAACAAAGUACUGAGUAAAGGGUCUGAAUACUUAUGUAAAUGUUAUAUUUGACUUGUUGUUUUAUUAUACAUUUGCAAAAAUGUCUAAAAACCUGUUUUUGCUUUGUCAUUGUGGGUGGGGUAUUGUGCGUAGAUUUUUUUUUUCAACUUAACUUCAAACUUAUUAGGGCAACAUUCUCUGACAUCAUCCUCUGAAAAGGUAGAGCGCAAAAUUCAAAAAUAUUUUUCUGAAAUAUUUAACUUUCAUACAUUAACGUGUGCAAUACAACAAAUUAAAGCUGAACUUUUUUGUUAAUCUACCCAUCGUGUCCGAUUUCAAAAAGGCCUUACAGCGAAAGCACACCUUAUGAUUAUGUUAGGUCAGAACCUAGUCACAAAAACACAUACAGCCAUUUUCCAGCCAAAGAAAGGAGUCACAAAAAGCAGAAAUAGAGAUCAAAUUAAUCACUAACCUUUGAUCUUCAUCAGAUGGCACUCAUAGAACUUCAUGUUACACAAUACAUGUAUGUUUUGUUCGAUAAAGUUCAUAUUUAUAUCCAAAAAUCUCAUUUUACAUUGGCACGUUGUGUUCAGUAAUGUUGUGCCUCGAAAACAUCUGGCGAAUUUGCAGAGAGCCACAUGAAUUUACAGAAAUACUCAUCAUAAACUUUGAUAAAAGAUACAAGUGUUAUGCAUGGAACUUUAGAUAAACUUCUCCUUAAUGCAACCGCUGUAUCAGAUUUCAAAAAAGCUUUACGGAAAAAGAAAACCAUGCAAUAAUCUGAGUCCAGCGCUGGGACACAAAAACAAGCCAUACAGAUACCCACCAUGUUGUGGAGUCAGUAAAAGUCAGAAAUAGUGUUAUAAAUAUUCACUUACCUUUGAUGAUCUUCAUCAGAAUGCACUCCCAAGAAUCCCAGUUCCACAACAAAUGUUUGUUUUGUUCGAUAAAGUCCAUCAUUUAUGUCCAAAUACCUCUUUUUGUUAGCACGUUUAGUUCACAAAUACAGGCGCGGGCAAGUCCAGGCGGAAGUUCAGACGAAAAGUUCAAAAAGUUAUAUUACAGUUCGUAGAAACAUUUCAAAAGAUGUAUAGAAUCAAUCUUUAGGAUGUUUUUAACAUAAAUCUUCAAUAAUGUUUCAACCGGAGAAUUCCUUUGUCUUUAGAAAUGCAAUGGAACACAGCUACCUCUCACGGGUGCACGUGUGAUCAUGGCCUUCUGCCAGAGCUCUCAUUCUCUCCUCCUUCACAGUAGAAACCUCAAACAAGGUUCUAAAGACUGUUGACAUCUAGUGGAAGCCUUAGGAAGUGCAAUAUGACCCCAUAGACACUGUAUAUUCGAUAGGCAAUGAGUUGAAAGACUACUAACCUCAGAUUUCCCACUUCCUGGUUGGAUUCUUCUCAAGUUUUUGCCUGCUAUAUGAGUUCUGUUAUACUCACAGACAUCAUUCAAACAGUUUUAGAAACUUCAGAGUGUUCCCUAUCCAAAUCUACUAAUAAUAUGCAUAUCUUAGCUUCUGGGCCUGAGUAGCAGGCAGUUUACUCUGGGUAUGCUUUUCAUCAGAACGUGAAAAUGCUGCCCCCUAUCCCAAACAGGUUUUAACCAGGUAGGCCAGUUGAGAACAAUUUCUCAUUUACAACUGCGACCUGGCCAGGAUAAAGCAAAGCAGUGCGACACAAACAAGAACACAGAGUUACACAUGGAAUAAACAAACGUACAGUCAAUAACACAAUAGAAAAAAUCUAUAUACAGUGUGUGCAAAUGAGGUAAGAUUAGGGAGGUAAUGCAAUAAAUAGGCCGUUGUGGCGAAGUAAUUUAGCAAUUAACACUGGAGUGACAGGUGUGCAGAAGAUGAAUGUCGAGAUACUUGGGUGCAAAGGAGCAACAACAACAAAAAUAACAAUAUUUCGGAUGAGGUAGUUGGAUGGGCUAUUUACAGAUGGGCUAUGUACAGGUACAAUGAUCUUUGAGCUGCUCUGACAGCUGAUGCUUAAAGUUAGUGAGGGAGAUAUGAGUCUCCAGCUUCAGUGAUUUGUGCAAUUCGCUCCAGUCAUUGGCAGCAGAGAACUGGAAGGAAAUGUGGCCAAGGAAAGAAUUGGCUCUGGGGGUGACCAGUGAAAUAUAGCUGCUGGAGCAGGUGCUAUGGGUGGGUGCUGCUAUGGUGACCAGUGAGCUGAGAUAAGGCGGGGCUUUACCCAGCAAAGACUUAUAGAUGACCUUGAACCAGUGGGCUUGGCAAAGAAUAUGAAGCGAGAGCCAGCCAACAAGAGCAUACAGGUCACAGUGGUGGGUAGUAUAUGGGGUUUUGGUGACAAAACAGAUGUCACUGUGAUAGACUGCAUCCAAUUUGCUGAGUAGAGUGUUGGAGGCUAAUUUGUAAAUGACCGGUAGGAUAGUCAGUUUUAUGAAGGUAUGUUUGGCAGCAUGAGAGAAGGAUGCUUUGUUGCGAAAUAGGAAACCGAUUCUAGAUUUCAUUUUGGAUUGGAGAUGCUUAAUGUGAGUCUGGAAGGAGAGUUUACAGUCUAACCAGACACCUAGGUAUUUGUAGUUGUCCACAUAUUCUAAGUCAGAACUGUAGUGAUGCUGGACGGGCGGGCGGGUGCGGCCAGCGAUCGGUUGAAGAGCAUGCAUAUAGUUUUACUUGCAUUUAAGAGCAGUUGGAGGCCACGGAAGGAGAGUUGUAUGGCAUUGAAGCUUGUCUGGAAGUUAGUUAACACAGUAUUCAAAGAAGGGCCAGAAGUAUACAGAAUGGUGUCGUCUGCGUAGAGGUGGAUCACAGAAUCACCAGCAGCAAGAGCGACAUCAUUGAUGUACACAGAGAAAAGAGUCGGCCCGAGAAUAACGUUUUUAUUUUAUUUUACCCUGUUCUCCCCAAUUUCGUGGUAUCCAAUUGUUUAGUAGCUACUAUCUUGUCUCAUUGCUACAACUCCCGUACGGGCUCGGGAGAGACGAAGGUUGAAAGUCAUGCGUCCUCCGAUACACAACCCAACCGAGCCAAACUGUUUCUUAACACAGCGCGCAUCCAACCCGGAAGCCAGCCGCACCAAUAUGUCGGAGGAAACACUGUGCACCAGGCAACCUUGGUUAGCGUGCACUGCGCCCGGCCCGCCACAGGAGUCGCUGGUGCGCGAUGAAACAAGGAUAUCCCAAACGGCCAACCCCUCCCUUACCCGGGCAACGCUAGGCCAAUUGUGCGUCGCCCCACGGACCUCCCGUUUGCGGCCGGUUACGACAGAGCCUGGGCGCGAGCGCAGAGUCUCUGGUGCCACAGCUGGCGCUGCAGUACAGCGCCCUUAACCACUGCGCCACCCGGGAGGCCCCGGCCCGAGAAUUAAACCCUGUGGCACCCCCAUAGAGACUGCCAGAGGUCUGGACAACAGGCCCUCAGAUUUGACAUACUGAACUCUGUCUGAGAAGUAGUUGGUGAACCAGGCGAGGCAGUCAUUUGAGAAACCAAGGCUGUUGAGUCUGCCGAUAAGAAUGUGGUGAUUUACAGUGUCGAAAGCCUUGGCCAGGUCGAUGAAUACGGCCGCACAGUAGUCUUUUAUCGAAGGCGGUUAUGAUAUCGUUUAGUACCUUGAGCGUGGCUGAGGUGCACCCAUGACCAGCUCGGAAACCAGAUUUUAUAGUGGAGGUACGGUGGGAUUCUAAAUGGUUGGUGAUCUGUUUGUUAACUUGGCUUUCGAAGACCUUAGAAAGGCAGGGUAGAAUAUAUAUAGGUCUGUAACAGUUUGGGUCUAGAGUGGCUCCCCCUUUGAAGAGGGGGAUGACCGUGGCAGCUUUCCAAUCUUUGGGGAUCUCAGACGAUACGAAAGAGAGUUUGAACAGGCUAGUAAUAGGGGUUGCAACAAUUGCAGUGGAUAAUUUUAGAAAGAGAGUGUCCAGAUUGUCUAGCCCAGCUGAGUUGUAAGGAGUCCAGAUUUUGCAAAAGGACAAAAGAGAUUGAAAUGUACACACAAAAAAAAACUGAAAAAAGACAAUAUUUACAUGGGAUGAAAACAAACACAUCUUACUGUUGUGCCAUCUUGGAUUUUUGUUUUUGAUUAAGGGGAAAAAACUAUCUAAUCCAUUAUAGAAAAAGGCUGUAACGUAACAAAAUGUGGAAAAAGUCAAGGGGUAUGAAUACUUUCCGAAUGCACUGAGAACUUGCAUUUAAAGCAAUCACUAAAUAUAAUUGAAUGGAUACAUUGCUGAUCAUCUCAAAGAGCAUACUUAGUGCCCUUGAAAAAAGUUGACUUUAAUAUGCUAUUUCUAUUUUCAAUGGGCUUUACUGAAGCCUAAAGAGAAAAUGUUUUGCUUUUAUUGAUUUAAUAAUGCUUUUUCUUUCUUGAGUGAGACUGCUGUGUAUAGAAUUAUGCAAUGCAAUGUAAAUGAGAAAAGAGCUUGCCAUUUUUGUAGUGUAAUAAUGAUGAAACCUUUAUUCCACCUGUAUUGAUUCACAAAUAAAUACAAUGAGAAGUACA